AUGGCCGCUCCGGCCUCCUCGUCCACCACCGCAACCGCCGCGCCCGCGUCGUCGCCACCGCCCAAGCCUCCAAACCACGUCGCCAGCACCAUGCUGGAGCCACAGUCGCCGUCGCCCUGCCCCGACGCCGCGGCGCCCGCAGCCUCCAGCGUCAGCUCCGCGAGCUGCUGCUGCAGCAGCAGCAGCGCCGGCAGCAGCCAAGCGGACCGCUCGUCAACGUUCUCCGUCGACUCGUCGUCGGCCGCGACGCCGUCGUCGUCCCCGCCGCGGCCGCACCGUGCGAGCGACGUGGCGUGGGCGCCCAUCCGGGGCCGGGCGCUCGGCCCGCGGGACUUCACGCUCCUCCGCCGCGUCGGGGCCGGGGACAUCGGCACCGUCUACCUCUGCCGUCUCGAGAGCCAGGCCGCCGAGGGGUCCGCGUGCGAGUACGCCAUGAAGGUGGUGGACCGGCGCGCGCUCGCCAAGAAGGGAAAGCUGGCCCGCGCCGCGGCCGAGAAGCGUGUCCUGCGGCGGCUCGACCACCCGUUCCUGCCCACCAUGUUCGCGGACUUCGACGCCGGCACGGACUACUCGUGCAUCGUCAUGGAGUUCUGCCCGGGCGGCGACCUCCACUCCCUCCGCCACCGCAUGCCGGGCCGCCGCUUCCCACUCGCGUCGGCACGGUUCUACGCCGCCGAGGUGCUCCUCGCGCUCGAGUACCUGCACAUGAUGGGCAUCGUGUACCGCGACCUCAAGCCAGAGAACGUGCUGAUACGCGGCGACGGCCACAUCAUGCUCACCGACUUCGACCUGUCGCUGGAGUCCACGGCGUCGCCGGCUCUCGAGGACGCGAGGAACGUCAGCGACAACAGGGAGGAGGAUGUGGCGGAGCCGGCACAGCCUACCUGCCUCCCGAUCCCGGAGCUGCAGCUCCUCCGGCUGCGGCGGUGGAAGCGCCGCGCCGCGCCGCGGCCGCGGUUCGUGGCGGAGCCCGUGGACGCGCGGUCCAGCUCGUUCGUGGGCACGCACGAGUACGUGGCGCCCGAGGUCGCCCGCGGCGGCGGGCACGGCGCGGCCGUGGACUGGUGGGCCUACGGCGUGUUCAUGUACGAGCUCAUCUACGGGCGCACCCCGUUCGUCGGGGAGAGCAACGAGGCCACGCUCCGCAACAUCGUGCGCCUCCCGCUGGAGUUCCCGGCCGCCGCGACGACCACGCACAUGCACGGGGUCGGGGACUCCGCCGCGGCACGCGACCUGAUCGCGCGGCUCCUGGACAAGGACCCGGGCACCCGGCUCGGGUCGAAGCGCGGCGCCGCCGACGUGAAGGCGCACGGCUUCUUCAAGGGCCUAAACUUCGCGCUGCUGCGGUCGGUGCCGCCGCCCGUGGUGCCGCCCCCGGCCGCCCUGCACCGGUGCGACAAGGCCGCCGACGUGCAUCAGCUGUUCGAUCACUUCUGA